UACAAGCUCUAAAAAAAGGUUGGACUGAUGGAAAGGUCAUGUUAGUUAAUGAACUUAUUGAUGUGGACAUUUGUUCAUCAAAAACAGAAAGUACAUUACCUAGUGCAUUAACUAUAGUUACAGAAUCUCCAAUAAAUUCAUUGGGAUGUGUAUCUGGAGAUAAUGGUGUAAACACUUCAGUAGCACCGUUAGUAGGCAGUAAUAAAAAUGUUUUAAGCACUAAAAAAAAUGUUUCACAAUUAACUACAGAGUAUGCAAUUGAUAACUACAGCAUUUUAUUAGAGGAAGCUAUUAUUUCUGAAAAAACUCAACAUGAAGAGUUAACAUCUGUGAAGAAUUAUGCAGAGUCUCACCUGAACAGGAUUCGGGUGCCGAAACAUGUUUCUUGAUGUGGACGACCUAAAGGUUCUACUCUGACCACUAUUGGUUUGCCAAAAAAGCGACAACCUAAUUUGUAUGAAAAAAGAGUACCUUUUUUGAAAUUACAUCCAUCAAAAAGACAUGCUAUGAUGCUGGGUUGGUUUUUAAAACCAGAUGAUGUCCAUAAAGCUCUUUCUGGAAUUCUCAUUGAAAGUAAUUGUAUUGAAAAAAGAGUCAAUCAUAUCUCAUCUGCUAUUCUUGAUGAAAGUGCUGGAGGAGCUCUUUUGUCGCUACAAGGGUAUUUUACCCCAGAUGGAUGGAAAGUGCUCCAUGAACUAAUUGAUACCAAAUCUCGUCAAAAAGUUUGGCCUUGUGCUGUGUGCCAAAAAAGCACUUGCUUGGUUAAUGACAUUGGGGACUCAGUAGGAUGUGAUUCAUGCUUUUUGUGGUUUCACAAAAAAUGUGUUGGUCAGAAAGAAGGAAAUCUUCUAAAAUCAAAAUACUGGUUUUGUCAUUCUUGUUAGAAUAUUUUUUUAUUAAUGAAAUAUAGUUAUACUUGA